GGUUUACAUCUGCAUUGCCCAUCUGUGCAAUUAAUUGUCCAAAGUUUCAAGGAGUGCCUCUGAUAGCCAAGGACCAUGUAGGUCCCUGGACCCCAGAUAAACAGGAUGCAUUCCCGGCCCCUGUGAAUCCCGGACACUAGGAAUGCGGCAGACAGAUACAGAAGCAGUGGAUAGUCACCAAACAAGAUGUCUGAUGUGCUGUGAGGCAGCCGGGUUUCCUCCAAGCUUUCGGAGAGCCACCUUGAAACUGCGGAAUGUUGGGAGCUUUUUUUGGAGGUCCAUAAUUAGAGACAGUUAGCUAGUAAGAUCUUACGUUUGUUGUGAACCUACUACGUGUGUGUGUUUUACUCUUUUCUCCAUCUUGAGGGGAUCUGUAGGUAGGGUUUCCAUUUUCCAAAUGAGAAAAGCCAGGCACAGCAAUGAAAGGCUUUUUCCAGUUGGUAAGUGACUGCCUCAACAUCCCCAGAUUAGUCUGUUUUUGGAGGCUCUCCUUUUCUACCUCCCCCCAAAGACCAUUUGAAGAUUUCAUUGUAAUAUUUCAAGAUACCAACAGACCAACAUUCCUCUGCUGCUGAAAUGUUUUGUUUCUCCUUCUUCAACUCCCUUCUGUGCAUUUGUUCCCAGGUAUCAGUGAGGUAUCAGUGAGGAGGUGAUCCACCUCUGCUUGCUGCUUGUCUUUCCAGCCCCCUCUUCCUCUCCUUCCCCUCCCUAGUACCCUCAGUAGUACUCAGCUCUCUGCUCAAUUUCCCACAAUUUUAACACCCCCGGUGCUUGCUCUAGUUUGUUCAUGAAUCAGUGAAUCAACAAGUGCCCUUUUCCUGAGUGUACUUUUCUCUCAAGUGAAAUCAUAUAUGCCCUUUUCAAAUAUGCUGCCCUUUGCGAAAAUUUCUCAGAUUGCAUUACUCAUUUCCCACUUCUGCGCCCAGCUCUGUCCACGCCUGUCUUGAAGCAGACACGUGCAUAUGGCAGGUGCAUAUGUGUGUGCAUGCGCACCUGCGUGUGGUGCCCCUGCACAUUGGACUCACCCCGUUCCGUGCCUCAGUUGGAGCACUUUGCACAUGGCAUCAUCACGGUUGGUUUACAUCCAUCUUGUAGACUAGCCUGUGUUUCCUUGAAGUGAUGGUGUCUUAGUUUUUCCUGUUUCCCUAGCCCUUUGCACGGUGCCUAAUACUUAGCAAGCACUCCAUACAUUCAUUCCUUUGUUAACAUUUAUUAUUUCUGUGCCUUACUAUGUGCCAGGGAGAUGACAGCAAGCAAAACUGCACUGGUCCCCGCUGCCUUCAUGAGCUCUGGAAAGGUUCAUUGGAGGAAACUGAAAUUGAUCAAAGGACCUAGGAAGGAAGGCUGCGGUCAUAGCUUGGGCUGCCAUGACUAAGUGCCACAGACUGGGCAGUCUCAACCACAAUCAGCUAUUUUCUCACCCUUGUGGAGGCUGGAGGUCCAAGAUCAAGAUCCAGCAGGGUGAAGGUUCUGACGAGGACCCUCUUGCUGGCUUGCACACUGCUAACUUCUCACGGUGUCCUCACAUGGCCUUUCCUAGACAAAAAGCCUUGGCAUCCACAGGAGGGAGAAGUGUUCAGGCAGCAUGUGACUGGCUGUUCUCCCAUGUCGGCGACCCCUUCCUGGAUGACCCUCUGCCCCGGGAGUACGUCCUCUACCUCCGACCCACCGGCCCCUUAGCACAGAAGCUCUCCGACUUCUGGCAACAGUCGAAGCAGAUCUGCGGAAAGAACAAGGCCCACAACAUCUUCCCCCACAUCACCCUCUGCCAGUUCUUCAUGUGUGAGGACAGCAAGGUGGACGCCCUCGGGGAGGCCCUGCAGACCACGGUCAGUCGCUGGAAAUGCAAGUUCUCAGCCCCGCUGCCCCUGGAGCUCUAUACCUCCUCCAACUUCAUUGGCCUCUUCGUGAAGGAAGACAGCGCUGAGGUCCUCAAGAAGUUUGCCGCUGACUUUGCUGCUGAGGCCGCGUCUAAAACCGAAGUACACGUGGAACCCCAUAAGAAGCAGCUGCACGUGACCUUGGCUUACCACUUCCAAGCCAGCCACUUGCCCACGCUGGAGAAACUAGCCCAGAACAUUGAUGUCAAACUCGGCUGUGACUGGGUGGCCACCAUAUUCUCACGAGAUAUCCGGUUUGCCAACCACGAGACGCUACAGGUGAUCUACCCCUACACCCCUCAGAAUGACGACGAGCUGGAGCUGGUCCCUGGGGACUUCAUCUUUAUGUCUCCCAUGGAGCAGAGCAGCGCCAGCGAGGGCUGGAUCUACGGCACAUCCUUAACCACCGGCUGCUCUGGACUCCUGCCCGAGAAUUACAUUACCAAGGCUGACGAGUGCAGCACCUGGAUAUUCCACGGUUCAUACUCGAUCUUAAACACGGCGUCUUCUCACGCUCUCUCGUUUGGUGAUGGGGUGUUGGAGAGGCGGCAGUAUGAGGACCAGAGCCUGGGGGAGACUGCUCCCCUGACUAUCAUCUGCCAGCCCACACAGCCUCUGAGGGUCACUAACCAGCCUGGCCCUCAGAAGAGAUGCCUCUUUGUGUGUCGGCAUGGUGAGAGGAUGGAUGUUGUGUUCGGGAAGUACUGGCUGUCCCAGUGCUUUGAUGCCAAAGGCCGCUACAUACGCACCAACUUGAACAUGCCUCAUAGCUUACCUCAGCGGAGCGGUGGGUUCCGGGAUUAUGAGAAAGAUGCUCCAAUCACUGUGUUUGGAUGUAUGCAAGCAAGACUGGUGGGUGAAGCCUUAUUGGAGAGCAACACCAUCAUCGACCACGUCUACUGCUCCCCCUCUCUACGCUGUGUUCAGACCGCGUACAACAUCUUGAAAGGUUUACAACAGGAAAAUCACUUGAAGAUUCGUGUAGAGCCUGGCUUAUUUGAGUGGACAAAAUGGGUUGCUGGGAACACAUUACCUGCAUGGAUGCCUCCAUCGGAGUUAGCUGCAGCCAGCCUGAGUGUUGAUACAACCUACAGACCUCACAUUCCAGUCGGCAAAUUAGUGGUUUCAGAAUCCUAUGACACUUAUAUUAGUAGAAGUUUCCAAGUAACAAAAGAAAUAAUAAGUGAAUGUAAAAGCAAAGGAAACAACAUCCUGAUUGUGGCGCAUGCAUCUUCCCUUGAAGCCUGUACCUGCCAGCUUCAGGGUCUGUCGCCUCAGAACUCCAAGGACUUUGUACAAAUGGUCCGAAAGAUCCCGUACCUGGGGUUUUGUUCCUGUGAAGAACUAGGAGAAACUGGAAUCUGGCAGCUGACAGACCCACCCAUCCUUCCCCUUACCCACGGACCCACUGGGGGCUUCAACUGGAGAGAGACCUUGCUCCAGGAAUGAGCCACGCCCGUGAGUGAGACAGAAGGGCUCUGGAAAGCCUUUGGGAGAAGGAUCUUGUGUGUUUAGUAACAGUGGGAAAGUCUGCACCACCUUCUAAGUGGACAGCUCAGAAUAACUUAGCAUAUUUCCUUUCACGCUUUAAAGCUCUCACGAUGAGACUGUGUGAAUGAGAAAAAAAACUUGAUUCAGGGAUAGAAUUCAUUCUCUCUGGAUGCUUACCUAGCUAACAAGGCUUUUGAGAAUCAUCUUCACAAACCGAGGCAGCUGCUACAGCAAAGGAUGUGUUCUUCCUCCCUUCCGCACACGGCUAAGGAGUCGGAGUGCUCCCAGAGGAAAGAGUCAGCUUGUGCUAAGGAAAGAUGCAAGACAGGGGAGUAAGUCCAGAAUCCAGCUGGAGGGACACUGAGCUGUCAUUUUGGGGACGGGAUUUUCUUUUUAACUCCGUGUUCCAGUUGGGCAAAGCCAAGCCAAGGAAUUCUUUGACCGUUCUUGGAAAACAUGCCCCCACAGAGAGUUAUUCUUAGAUUCCCCAUCAAAGUCUACCGUCACCAUGACCUGCCCACCAGUGCUGCUGGCUCUGGACGCCUGCUUGAAGACUCCCAUCCACCCUGGUACCGCCACAUUUUCUCUAGAACAGCUGGCUACAGCUUUCUGCUACAGCCCUUCCCCCUUGCUUCUGUCUGUGAAAUGGGGAGACAAAGCACUUUUGGAUACUCAGGAGGAAAAAAAAAAUGUGUGGAGUAUUCAGUGGUAGGAGCCAUGAACUUGCAAAACAGAAAGGGACCUGGAAUUUGCCGUGUUACAGCACUUCCAGAUGGCCACGAUUCGCUUGUCUUUGCCCGUAGAGUCUAGACUGUGGUAACUGGUUAAGGAUGUCGAUGAUUUGAAAGCAUGUAGGUUCAAUACAUUAUCUGAGUCAGCAAGAAGCUCAUUCUUGUGCAAUACAGCCGUCUUUACAAACCAUUCCAAGGGUCAGGUCCUUGUAUAGUUAGAGCACCUGUCAAUCCUAACGGAACACCCACCAGUGUAUCAGUACACCAGGGCUGUGUAUUAAAGUCAGGGAACUAAUUUAAAGGAUGACAGUCACGAUGGCUGUUUGUGCUGUCAUUUUUGUUUGUUUGUUUUUCUAUAACUUAAAAUAUGUAGGUAGGGCUACUUAAGAAAAGAUAGGAGAGCCACAUCCUGUGGCUUCUCAUCGCACCUUGCUUCCUGAUUUCAGAGGGAGUCUAUUUAGAAGAAAAAUAAAUGACAAUCAAACCAAAACAUCAGUUAUCAAUGUGUAUUUGUGUGACUAGCUGACUGUUGGCAACAGACAGGGGUUUGUGUAGUGUAGUUCACUAGAUAGAAUAUGUGUGCAAAACAUUAGUGUAAAACAAAUCUAUAGAUUUUGUAGCACUGAAUAAGCUUCAAAACCCUAAUAUACGUAAAACCCAGUAUGUACAAAUAGAUCUAUGCUCCUGUUUGAAUCUGGAAUUUGAGGAUUCCUAAAAAGAAGUAAAAGGACUAUGUAUGUUAAUCAGCGAGAGGAUUACAGUUGGUUUUUAUUUUUGUUUCUUCAGUCACUUAGACAAAUAUGUCAUGAAUUUUACAUUUUAAGAAACAAUCUUGAUUUCUUCUAGCACUGCACAAACACUGAUCCUGCUCCUGGGUAUAAAAGUGCUCUGUGCUGAUAACCAUUGUAUCACAGAAAACUUUUAACCUUACAGUGGGGGAAAUAUUCCCAUUAAAAGGUUUCAAGAGAAAAAUCAGGUAAUGGCCAAUGUAACAUCACCGCUGCCGUUCGUUCUUUUAUCCGUAAUGAAAUGAGUCCACUGUUUAAUCAGAUCUGUAAUGUUUAUUGGAGGCUCCACAAAUUUCCAUGGACUUGCAAUGCUCGGCAUAAUGCUUGAACACUUUACAUCCGAUUUCCUUGAAAACCGUAGCGGCGUGUUCUGGGUGGAGUCUGUACCUGCACAGAACCAAGUUUAGAAUAGGUCCUGCCUUGACUCUCUCGGUCCUAGAUGACCUGAUCGGCCAGUUUAUCUGAACAACAGUCCCUUGUCCUCAGCACAGUGUGGACAGAGCCUCAGCGCUGUCAUCUGCUUGCACAGGAGUCACAGAUCUGAAAUCAUUUUCUGAAUAAUUUCGGUGGAAAACCCUGAAUUAAAGAAUUUAUUCCUCUGCUUUAAUCAUCCAGAUUGUUUAUCAAAAUGGUCUGAAUGGUUGGAAUUCAUAUUAAAUUCUCGUUUCACAUAUACCUAUUUUAAAACCUAAACUCGGACUCCCCACUGAGAAAUCCUCUGAAAAUCAUGUCGAAUCUGUGUGUAAUAAAAGGAAUGCACAAGUCUAUUCCAUGAUUUCAUUUUCAUCCAAAAAUUCUAGGUUGAUAUCAGAACCUGAAGUUCAGCAUGGUUCUUUUUGAUCUGAGGCUGAGGUUUCUUAAGAACAAAAGCUGGAGGGGAGGAGAGAGAAGGAAAGAAGGAAGAACAUGGAAGAUAAGAACCACAUGUUUCUGGUAGAGAGGAAUUUUUUUUUAAUGUAGAAAGUUACCUGAAAUAAACAGAGAUGAAAUUAACUAAAGGAUUUGAUCCGGGACUGAAACUCUGAAGCAGUUUGCCACAUCAAUCCGCUAAUGCCCCAGGAUUAUUCAUAGCUGGGACUUAGGUUUCGGUGAUUUUAACAUGCCACGUCUAUUCCUUGUGGACUAGAAUAAUUGGCACAUUUUAAUGCACAAGCUGGGAGUCUCACUUUCCCAGGCCCUCUUCUCUAUCCCUGCAUCGGUAGCUAGGAGCCUUACCCCAGUGUGGAGGUAGCAUACAGUGUUUUCCAUUACAUUUAGAUUCAUAGAAUCUGAAUGGCUGAUUAAAUGGCCAUCUGAUGGCUAAAAGAGGGGGGUAUUUUUCACCCUGUAGUGGAAGGCUUGGAGGAGUUUCUACUUUUUAUUUGAAGUAUACUUUAACCAAAGAAUUAUUUUAGGAUAACCUUAUAUUUAGAAGAUGAUUUUGCAAAAAAUAAAUAUAAAAAACAAAAAAUAAUAUCUUCUGAGUGAUGUCAGUUUGGUAAAUCACUGUGGACAAUUUUCUUGCAUUUCAAGCUGAUGCGGUCAUUUUCCUGUCAGUGGUAUUUGGAGGCACAUACAUUGUCAUCCAGCUGUGCUUAGCGUUACCAUCAGUGUUAUUUUUUUCCACUCAACUAGCUGUGUUCCUAUUAAAGGAAGUCUUAGAUUUCAGUUACCCAGUGUCAUUGGGAACUCACUGAAGAGCUGUGGGAAGAGAAAUUCCUAUCUCAUUGCCUUUGUAGGAAAGCAUCCCAAUGUAGCAAAAAGGGAGGCAUUCCUUUGUAACCUAGGCACUCCACAACUCCAGUGUUAAAUUUGAAAGCAGUGAUGAAUUGCUCUUUGGAAUCUACUCUAAGUAAUGCGUGUGUUCGAAUACAGAUGAACCUCCUUUUAUUUUCACAGGCAAAGUCACAACUGUACUGUGUCUGUGCGAACUUCUCAGAUAAUGAGGCACAGGGUUAUUUGCAUGUAAAUUGUAGGCCUGCAUGUUUGAGAACGGAGAGGCGCUAGCUGCUCCGGCUGCCUUGCCAGGAGGGAUCCGCCUGGCCUUGCAGGGUAGGGAAAAGAGCUAUUUAACAUCUACUUAGGUUAAUAUUCACUUUACAAAGGUGAUGGGGUGGAGGUGGGGGAAUAUCUUGUUCGGUGAUGACAGAAGCUUUUCACAUUUAAACAUAGGAUUCAAAUUGGAUUUACUUCUCUUUGACGCUUCAACGCAAUGAAUCUUCCUAGGAAAGUUAACUAGCUGUGAUGAAGAUUCAAGGGAAGGGAAAGACAGGCCAAUAAAUACAGAGGAAGUAACUUGAUCUUUAAAUACAUACAAUGUGCUCGGUGUAUGCAAGUUUAAAAUUAUAGCAAGGAGUAGUCAGACCUAACAUACAACCCGCUCUUAGUGUAUUACACAAAACCACUCGGCUGCCGCGACCCACACAAAAAUCAGAGUGUUCUAUUCUCGGACUCUGUACAGGAACUAUUGUAUAAUGGGAAAUGUGUGCUGGCUCUUUCUCUGUCACUCAAGAUGGGAACACCGUCCCAAAGCAUUCUGGUUAUGCACAGGCCACUCUCAACCUGCUGCUUUCUGGAGGUGUAUCAGUUUCAUUCUCCUUUAUAAGGCUGUUGUAUCAUGUGUGACUUUUUCUGUUUUGUUUUUUUUGUUUUGCUUUGGUUUGGUUUUUUUGGUUUUUCUAUGUGACUCGGGUGUAUUUAUUUGAAGAAAAAGGUCUGUAACUAUAAAAAAGGAAAACCACACCAAAUUGUAUUACCAAGUUCCUUGUAAACUACCUGUGGCAUCUGUGCUCUCCUGGCUGUGUGUUCCUCCUCUGGAUACGGCUCUGGCACCACUGUGAUGAGAUCAUUCCAUCCCACGAGCAUCUCCGUUGAAGUGGUUCAUAGAUGAUUUAAUAAAGAGGAGCUGUGUCCUCAGUCAGUCCAGAGCAGUCUCCUAUUAAAUUCCGA